AGUACUCAAGUGUCAUGUGUCAACCAAUAUAAUCAAUAGCGUUAAAUUUAUGUUUAGAUUUUGUCUCCCGCCUUUCGAAAUAAAAAUCGAAAAUUGUGAAUAACAAAAUAAAGACUUUUGUUCCAAAUUUGUGUAAAAAUAAAGUUGAAUUCUGUAGUAUUCGUUAGAAAGUCCGAAAAUGGGCAAAAAAACAGUGACAAAUGUAAAUAAAAACAAGGAAAAGCGGCAGGCGCGUAAGUUGGAACAACGUCGUAUAGCUGAUGGCAUGGCCCAUGUUACAAAGGCAAACAAGCUAGAAGACUUGGCUUCCUUGUGCAAAGAACUCUUAGUAUAUAAGAGUAAUGACCUUGAUGUGGAUAUGUACAUACAGAGAGUAACAGAGCUGGAUAAAAAUGUAUUGAAUUGGGCUAUAGAUCUCACUGAACGGAAUAUGAAAAGUUUAUAUGAGACCUGUGCCUGGGGUUGGAACCGAGACCGAAAAGUUGAAGAGAUGACUGAUGAUGCAGCCUGGUACUUGAUCGCCAAAGACAAUAAAGAUAACCUCUUAGCCUUUUCACAUUUUAGAUUUGACAUGGAUUUUGGAGAUCCUGUUUUGUAUUGUUACGAGGUACAAGUGGAGGCGGACGGUCGGCGGCGCGGGCUGGGCCAGCGAGUGCUGCGCGUGCUCGAGCGGGUGGCGCUUGCGACGCGGAUGCGCUGCGUGCGCCUCACCGCGCUCACGCACAACCCCGCCGCCGCAGCCUUCUUCAGAGCUUGCGGGUAUAGCUUAGACGACACAAGUCCGCCCAAAGAAGAAGCCAACCAUUACGAGAUUCUCAGUAAAGCCACGUGUAUGGAGGAAGACAGCGACACACACGCACCGAACACGACAUAGUACAUAACUAGCCGAAUCCUAACAUUUUAAACCUAGACAAUAAGCUCACGCAAUUGAUUUGUACAAUUUUUAAAUUAAAUCUGUGGAAGUAAUAAAUGUUUUUAAUAAAUUA